AUGGACGCCAGUUGGUUCUGUCGCUGCUUCCACUGGCGUGGAGCUUUCCUUUGGAAUGCUGUCUUGAUUGGCUCCUGCUGCUGUGGCUCCCGCACCUUUCUCUGCGAUAAUGCGGACCGAAUCCGGAACGGCACUCUGCCCCAAGAAGACGGCUUGCGGGACAUUCAUAUAGAAGUGGGGACAGGCAUUUGGGAUGAAAGGUUUCUGGCUUUGGAUGAAACGGGUGCCUAUGUGGGCCUGGAGGUGAAGCUGCUCGAGGAGCUUUCCAGGCGAGGCCGCUUCACCUACAGCCUGAACUUCCACAACUGGACGUCCUCGAGCCCUUGGCUUGAUCAGCUUCAGGAUGCGAUCGGUCGAUUCGACCUGGUGACAUACGCAUACUGGUUCAUUACACCAGAACGCAUGAGCAUCGGCGCAUACAGCCCCUACGGAAUCUUAGAUGCCGUGUAUUGGGCCGUAGUGAUGGAGGAAACCAAGGAAGGGAUUGAUCUCGAAGAGAUAUUCUCCUUUCUCACACCAUUCAGUGGCCCCGUUUGGUUGAGCUUCCUUGGCCUCAUGGUGGCGACGGGUCUGAUGUACAGGGUUUUGGAGGUCGGCCGCAAUUCUGAAGACUUCCCGGAUGGACCGCAGAGGUCCUGCAAAUGUAAAGUCUGGAUGCAGUGCAUGGAUGCCAUCUUCCAGUCCUCGGGCCACAUCACUGGAGCCUCUAGUUUUUCACCGAGGACCUGGGCAGGAAAGAUACUGGUAAUGUCAUGGACUUGGUGUGUCGUAUUGAUUUUGGCGGCCUACACUGCUAAUCUGGCAUCGUUUCUUGUUGUUCAGGCGAAGAGCCAGCCGUCGUUCAACUCCCUCAGCGGCGCUGUUAAUAAGAAUAAGAAAGUCUGCGUCGCUGCGAAUUCUGCUGACCACGACUGGUUCCGAUCCGCGUUUCCGAAUUACAAGAACUUAAUUCCCGUUUCGGGUGGUCCCGCUGAACGUGCUAGACGGUUGAAUGAGGGCACGUGUGAUGUCGCCACCUAUGCCAAGUUUGAGUAUGAGUUCCUGAGGCAGACGCACAGCCUGAACCCAAAUUGCUACAUGCAGACCAUAGGAGAGCCUUUACAAAGCACGGCCGCCGGAUGGAUGGUGCUCAAUGACGUCGCCGACUCUUGCACCUCCUUGGUUCGCGAUGUCCUAGGCUUGUGGCUUCUGCAGAUGGAGUUGGAUGGAACGCUGCGCUCGAUCGUCAAGAAGUCCCUGAUGCCUGUGGACAACUGUGUCACAGAGGUGAACCCUCGUGAAAGCACAGCUGGUCAGCUCAAAUUCGAAAGUAUGCUUGGAAUAUUCACGCUACAUGCCGUCGGUGUUGGCACUGCUGUUCUUUUUCAUUUUUCUUCCGGUGCCCCAAAGGCCGUAAGCAGGGGCCUCUCGAGGACGCGCAGUCUGAACAGCUUCAGCCGUGUUUCACCAAAGAAAGAUGUUCACGAAGACGAAGUCUAUCGUAGGAACACAGAGCCAUCAGAGGCGUGGGAGGCAGACGAUUUACAGUAA